GGAAGGCACCGUACACAAUGCUAGCACACAAACCACCGGUGUUCGCUUACAGCUAGACCCCCUAAAAAAUAUCCCCUGCUUAGCGGGUGUACGUAUCAAGUGUUGAUAGGGUACUCGAGUAAACAUGGCAUUGUGCAAGCUCGGUUAGUUGUCGGUGGAAAAUGUUCAACGACUAGCUACCACUUGCGAUUGUCUGUGUAGUUUAGUGUGUUUGUUUCUGCUGUGGUAACUAAUACCAUUUUUGGAUUUUAAUUUCGCGCUUGUUUUCUAAAAUAAAGGUGGGAUUUUAAAAAGAAAAAUGAUUUUGAUCAAAUAAUUUUCUGGAACUUACAUGGAUAGUAAAAAGAAAUGAUGCCAGUCAAAUCGUUCCAUGCAACAAAGAUCGCAGAGCCAAAUGAAUUCGAACUCAGACACCGGCCUAGUGCCAUCAAACAUCUACCUCCUCUCAGUGCAGCGCAGCCUGCCUUUAGCGACACACCAAAGAUCGUGGAGCACGGGUCGUUCACCAGAUCAGUUCCGGUCAAAGAGAAGAAAUUUGUGCGCUGUGUGAGCGACUCGAUAGGGAACAACUACAGCCCUAAUGCUCGCAACUUCACAACCUCGCAGAUAUACGAGUCCACCAAACUAGCUUACAGUGUUGAAGAAAUCUACUUCCUAACCCCAAGAAAGUCCACUGGUUCAAUUAGUCCACCCAACACUCACCGCGGCUUGCCACCCGACAAAAAACGACGAUACAGUUCAGGCAGUUCUAUACUUGUGGAUGCUUUAAGCUACAAAGUAGUGAGUGAAUAUGGAGAUGCUGUUCCAGCCAGUAACAGAUCACAAACACCUAGUCUCAUCCUACCACCCAUCAAUGGACUAACAACAAGCACUGAUAAAUUGAGCAAUGGGCAUGAAGUGGAUGAAGGGAGUAGGAUACAGGAGGAGGAUGAAACAUUGGCAAGCUGGGUUGAAAAAGAUGGUGUUGAAAGCUCUUAUCUGAGAUCAGAGUUAGGUAGUAACAGUGAGAGUGCUCUUCCCCUGACACAAAGUUUAAAUGGUUUUUCACAUGAAAUGGAGAAUUUAUCAGAACAUGAAAUUUCAGAAACAGCUGUUUAUAACUCAGAGAAAGAUAAUCAGAAUGAAUCAGGCUAUGAAGAAGGCUGCAGAGUUAGUCCAUUUCAUGACAAAGAAACUUUGGAGUGUUUAGAAAUUGAAUUUCCACCCUGGUAUUUCUCCACACAUGGGCUAUCGCGAGCUGCAACCCCAGAACCAGAAGACAAAGAAAGAUAUUACCAACUAGCAGAAAAAGCAAUAGAUCCAAGUAUGGUUGGGCCCAUUACUAAGGAAACUCUUGAAGGCAUUUACCACUUUGUUCCAAGGAAGUUAAGAUUGGACUUUCCACAGACAACACGCUCAUUUCUAAAGGAGGUAGAUAAUGAUUAUAAAGCUUCUGUGAGAAGGGCAAUAUUGGACUAUGUUCUUCUAGACCCAGCUGAACAAGAGAGGUUAGGCUUGCCUAUGCCUCACAAGCCCUCCCAUCUGGCAGGCAGAGAUGGGUUUCCAUGGCAUGAAAGUGUGGACAGGUCCAGAAAUUUUCUACGGAAAAAUUUAUUUAUUACCCAUCCAGUCAUGAGGCGAAUACUCUAUGAAUUUCACCAGAGAUAUAAGACGUUGCGAUUGGUUGAUAUACCUGGUCUUCGUGCCAUAAUGCCGGUUACCAUGGAAACUUUCCUCAAACAUGUGCAAGACUCCAGUAAGGCAGCAGCAGCCGUACUUGAGAAUGUCUGGCUGAACGAAUGCUGUGAGUUGAUUGACCAACUGCGAGAUGAAGUCGAAGCAUGGAUGCCAGCAGACAAGGAGGCCAGAAUACAAAUGAUGGAUCAUUUCUUCAACUGUGUAGCAUCAUUGAUGUCAGGCCUAUUGCGAAAGUGUGUGGAGACCUCACUCCAGGAUCUGGUAGACUUGGUUGAGUGUUACCAUGAUGGGAACCUGUAUGAGGGUGACUACAGCAUUAUGGAUGGACUCGGGCUGUCUUAUGUUAUUCACCCUGUCACUAUUUUUCUGGAAGAGGAACUUGAAAACUCAUCCCUACAAUUUACUCCAAAUUUUCCUGAUGUUUGUGAUUUUUUCUCCCUGAUCAUUGAUACCAUGGUGCUGAGUGUCCGACAUCUUACGCGACUUGAACAUAAACUCUUCCAAGGUGUUGAAGAACUGGAGCCCAAGAUGAUUUUAUCUGUUGAGAUUGGUGAGGAGGUGGUUGAAAAUGCCAAAGACAAAAUUAGAACUAUUGUUCUGGCCAAUGGCCAUGGGCCAAAGAAGUACAGAUCAGUAUAUGAACCAUACAAGUAUUUAUUUACCAAAGAAACAGAGAGCAAGGUACAGAAAUUUAUCAGUAGGGAGCAUCCAUUGAAAGAAUAUGUACAAGCCAUUGAGAGGUUGAAAAAGAUGGCUUGGGAAGUGGGAUCUUUACCUGUCUACGUACCUAUGCAUUUUUUUCUACUUGACUGUACAAAUGUAAACAAGUGGCUUGUUGAAACAGCGAGGAAACAUAUUGACACCAUGGUAAAAAAGAUUACAGACAUGAGCAGCAAGUUUAACCGUCAGAUUUGCUCCCAGUAUGACGUUAUAGUGAAGAAAAGCUCCUACCAGGCUGAGAACACACAUGAGCUUGUCCAGCUACAAGAUUAUGUGGAGAACUUAAAAGUUGGAGAACUUCUACAGCUCAAGAACAAGCUUGAGAUAGCAGUAGAUAACAUGAUGUUUCUCAUGGAGUAUGCUUACCUACCUAAGGAGGACAUCACUGUUAACAACACCACAUUCACUUGGCCUGGACGCAUUGGUCCUAUUGUCAGGAAUGCAGAGAAUAAACUGCAAAGAGAACAUGAUCUGGCAUGUAAUAAGUUGAAAGAAAAGAAGAAGCAGUUUGAAAGUUUACUUGAGGAAUAUGUGAAGAAAGUUAAAGAUUUUGGCACCAAAGAUCGCAUGUCAGAGGCAGACAAAUAUGUGGCUGAGCUAGAGGACAUUUCACAGAAACUUGAACUUUUUAAAGAAGAGAAGUUAAAAAUCAAUGUGGAGGAGCAGAUGCUUGCACUAGACACACAGACAGAAUAUCAUCAGAUUGAGGAUAUUGCUGCUCGUAAAGAGCCUUAUGAAAAGCUGUGGUCAACAGCAGUGACUUUCCACCAGGUCCAUGACAAAUGGAUGAAUGGGCCACUGCUUGAAGUCAAUGCUGAAGAUGUGGAGGAAGGGGUUCAAAACCUCUGGCGUACUGCAUACAAGUUGACCAAAGUGUUUGCACAUUCUGAGUUUAAAGGUCCAAUGAGAGCCUCAGCAACAAUCAAAGCCAAACUUGAGAAGUUUAAGAUCAAUAUGCCACUUAUCACUGCUUUAUGUAACCCUGGAAUCAAACAGCGACAUUGGAAUUUGAUGAGUGAGAAGGUUGGAUUUAAUGUGACACCUAAACCAGACACACCUUUAAUUGUUUUGAAAAUAUUUUUUGUUGGAUUUAAUGUGACACCUAAACCAGACACACCUUUACAAGAGAUUUUACAGCUUGGUUUAGAGAAAUAUCUGGAUGACUUGACAGGUAUCAGCUCUCAGGCCAGUAAAGAAUAUGCUCUGGAGAAGGCUCUGAAAAGGAUGAAAGAUGAUUGGGGAGGGAUGCAGUUUCAGUUUGUAACUUACAAAGAUUCAGGAGUUUCCAUCCUGGCAUCCUUUGAUGAUAUUCAGGUGCUCUUGGAGGAUCACAUUGUGAAAACCAUGACCAUGAAAGGCUCCCCAUUUAUCAAGCCAUUUGAAGAUGAAAUCAACAAAUGGGAUAAUUUAUUGCAUCGCAUGAAAAGUAUUCUUGACUCUUGGUUGAGAGUUCAGUCUGCCUGGUUGUACUUGGAGCCUAUCUUUGGUUCUCAAGACAUCCGCAAUCAGAUUCCAGUGGAAGGGAAGAUGUUUGAAGAAGUGGAUGCGCAUUGGUUAGUCUAG